UUUGUGAGUGUGUGGGAGGGGAGGCUGGGCUCCUCCUUGUACUCUCUGAGGUGCUCUGGAAGGAGGAGCAGCUCCACCCUGGGAGGGGCUGUGGCCCAGGUACUGCCUGGGUGCUACUUUAUGGGCAGCAGCUCAGUUGAGUUAGAGUCUGGAAGACCUCGGAAGACCUCCUGUCCUAUCAGGCCCUCCCCAUGGCUUUAGAGACGGUCUGCCGACCUUCUGGGAGAAAAUCCAGCAAGAUGCAAGCCUUCAGAAUCUGGGAUGUUAACCAGAAGACCUUCUACCUGAGGAACAACCAACUAGUUGCUGGAUACUUGCAAGGACCAAAUGUCAAUUUAGAAGAAAAGAUAGAUGUGGUACCCAUUGAGCCUCAUGCUCUGUUCUUGGGAAUCCAUGGAGGGAAGAUGUGCCUGUCCUGUGUCAAGUCUGGUGAUGAGACCAGACUCCAGCUGGAGGCAGUUAACAUCACUGACCUGAGUGAGAACAGAAAGCAGGACAAGCGCUUCACCUUCAUCCGCUCAGACAGCGGCCCCACCACCAGUUUCGAGUCUGCCGCCUGCCCUGGCUGGUUCCUCUGCACAGCGAUGGAAGCUGACCAGCCCGUCAGCCUCACCAAUAUGCCUGACGAAGGCGUCGUGGUCACCAAAUUCUACUUCCAGGAGGAUGAGUAGUACUGCCCAGGCCUGCCUGUUCCCAUUCUGGCAUGGCAAGGACUUCAGGGACUACCAGUCCCUCUGCCCCAGGGCUCCCGGCUAUGGGGGCACUGAGGACCAGCCAUUGAGAGGUGGACCCUCAGAAGGCGUCACAAGAACCUGGUCACAGGACUCUGCCUCCUCUUCAACUGACCAGCCUCCAUGCUGCCUCCAGAAUGGUCUUUCUAAUGUGUGAAUCAGAGCACAGCAGCCCCUGCACAAAGCUCUUCCGUGUCGCCUCUGCAUUCAGGAUCAAACCCCGACCAACUGCCCAACCUGCUCUCCUCUCCCCACUGCCUUCUCCUCCCUCAUUCCACGUUCUCAUGUCCCAGAUCCAUCAGGCCACUUGAUGACCCCCAACCAAGGGGCUCCCACACCCUGUUUUACAAAAAAAAGGCCAGUCCAUGAGGAAGGUUUUUAAGGGUUUGUGGAAAAUGAAAAUUAAGGAUUUCAUGAUUUUUUUUUUUUGGUCCCCGUGAAGGAGAGCCCUUCAUUUGGAGAUUAUGUUCUUUCUGGGAGAGGCUGGGGUCUUAAAAUAUUCCUGCAUUUGUGAAAUGAUGGUGAAAGUAAAUGGUAGCUUUUCCCUUUUUUUUCUUCUUUUUUGUGAUGUCCCAACUUGUAAAAAUUAAAAGUUAUGGUACUAUGUUGGCCCCAUAAUUUUUUUUUUCCCUUAUAAAACACUUCCAUAAUCUGGACUCCUCUGUCCAGGCACGGCUGCCCAGGCUCCAAGCUCCAUCUCCACUCCAGAUUUUUUACAGCUGCCUGCAGUACUUUACCUCCUAUCAGAAGUUUCUCAGCUCCCAAGGCUCUGAGCAAAUGUGGCUCCUGGGGGUUCUUUCCUCCUCUGCUGAAGGAAUGAAUUGCUCCUUGACAUUGUAGAGCUUCUGGCACUUGGAGAGUUGUAUGAAAGAUGGCUGUGCCUCUGCCUAUCUCCCCCACCAGGCUGGGAGCUCUGCAGAGCAGGAAACAUGACUCGUAUAUGUCUCAAGUCCCUGCAGGGCUGAGCACCUAGCCUCGCUCUUGGCAGGUACUCAGCAAAUGAAUGCUGUAUAUGUUGGGUGCAAAGUUCCCUACUUCCUGUGACUUCAGCUCUGUUUUACAAUAAAAUCUCGAAAAUGCCUA